AUGAUGUUAGAUAGGCUGCGUCAAAGUGCAAAAGUAUGGGAUCAAGAAUUAGAUACUAAAUUGAUUGAUUGGUUUGAAUCGAAAAGAACAAUGCCAGUCGAUGAACAACAAACAACGACGAUUAUAAAAGAACUUAUCACAUUUAAAUUAUUCAUUCGACAGGGUUCAGGAAUUACUUCAUUAUUAAAUAUUAAUCAAACAUCCAAUAAAUGUAGUCAAAAAGUUCUUAAUUUAGGUGUUAAUGGAUCUUUCCCGGCUCAAGAUAUAUGCAAUAUGGAUGAAAGACCUCUUGCAUUAUGGGAAGAUCAAAGUAAAUGUAGUUUAAAUUAUAUGAAUACACCUAAUGAAGUUGAAAGUAUCUUAGUAGUAAAUGAUUUUGUACUUUAA